AUGUUGCUGAGACCUUUUCUGCUCUUAGCACUUGUUUGUGUCGGAGCAUUUCUAGCGGAAGAAAGUGAAUCCAAAACUCCUGGAGAAGAAAGUAGGUCUCAUUUUGAUAGAUUUUUCAAAUUUUCUUCGAUUUCUAGUGAUCGACCGACUUGCUGUUAACAUGGCAGGAGCGUUCGUAAAAUCAAUGUUCCCUGAGAUGGACCGAAAGCCGACAGAAGCCCCAACACCCGCUCCCGCUCCUACUCCAUCUUCCGAGAUUCGAAGAGCGCCCAUCAAUCCUCUGCUCUCAUCAAUGGACGGAUACUCACGUAUGUCAGACCAUCCAGAAAGAAAAAUAAAUGAAUGACAACGAGGUCGUCGACGGUUUUUUUCUAAAGUACGGGGCCUGAUCUCAAUUGAGAUAGAGAUGAUUUACUUUUGAAUGCGAUACAAAUACAAAAAUCGGCCGUCAGCAUCUAUCCGAUACUUGGCUGUGGCUGUGGGUAUAGGGCAGAUAAAGUUCAAAACACAAUUUUCCAGCUUCUUUCGCAGCUUCUGAGUACAAUGCUAUUCCGCAAAUGGGACAACAAGCCGCAGAGACUCCGAGAAAUCCAUUCAGCUAUCAAGGGAACCAGCCGUCCAGCUACUCUCUCAUGCCGGAAGUUGGAUGACGUGUCUGUCGUAAUGUGAACCACUGAACUUUUAGGCAUCUAAUCAGAGGGUGAGCCAGUCUAGUGGAAUGGACAGCUUGGGAGCGCUGGCGUUGAGUGGAAUGCGGAACCCGGAUAUCUCGGGAAUGUUGUCCGGAGGCCAGGGGACUCCAGAGGCUAUCAAUGCUGUUAGAAACCAGGCAUAUCUCGCCGAGCUUUCCAAACAUCAAUCUGAACUGAACUCGUACAGCGCCAAACAGAUGGAGUACUUGGACCAACAGAGAAGAUACCAGCAGGCAAUGAUUGACCAUCAAGCAGGUGCUGCCCUUCUCAUGCAAAAACAACAACAGGAGAUCAUCGCUAAGCAAAUGGCCAACAUGAAGCAGUCCUAUGGAAUGAAUGAAGACGGAAGUGCGUCUCAAGCAAAGGAAUUCUCCGAAAAUGAUAACACGGUCGGCGGAAGGGUAAUUGCAUUCAUCCUCAAUCUUUUUCGGCAGAAUUUGCAUUUAUGGUUAUUACAGUACCUCACCGCGCGCGCACGAGGAGCAAAAACAAUGAAAGUGCCUACGAAUCGAAGUUUGCGCCCACUUUACGACGUAUCAAUUAAACACAUCUUGCAGAGUUGGAGGACGACGAUGUUGUGGCCAACGACGAAUAUUUGAAGGAAUACUUCAAACAAAAGUACAACAUUGACAUUCCAGAUGAUGUCAGCCAGCUCACCGACGAUGAGAAAGCUACUCUGAGGUUAACACAUAAGGGACAAUGGGCGCAACGUGCAAAAAAUUCAUUUUUUCAGAGCUUUGAAGAAAGAGCUUUCUCGUCAAAAGGAUAAAGUGAAAGAGAAUGGAGUUUUUAAAACGAUGGAUAGCCUGAAAGGGUAAAUAACCGAAAAUAAACUGCGGUAAUAAUUUUUUCUUUCCAGGAAAAUGACUAAUGAGCGAGCUGCGCCUUCGAAUAAUUAUCCAUCCGAAGCGUGCGACCAAUGUAUUCCAAUGAACAUUAAGACGAUCCGAGGGGCUUGGACUCAAGUGAGCGAGACUCUGAAUGAGUUUCAAUUGACGGACUUUAAAGGUUUAUGGAAAUCCAAAAGUCGUUAACAAGGUCUUCGGAACCGUGAUGAGUUUGGAGAACAUGAAGGCGUCCACAGGCAGCAUCAAAAUGUCGAACAAGAAGACGUCAUGCGUCGGAAUGGAAGUGGGAGCUGCUUCAAGCCACCGAAAAUCUUCCAAGAUGAACCUGUUCUUCCGUGAUUCUGACGAAGGAAACGAACUUCAUGAGGUGCAUUCUUCGUCAAUCUCCAUCACGUCAACCAUCUUUUUUUCAGAUGCGAGGUACCGUAACCGUCAAAGAUAACAUCAUGAGUGUGGAAACCAAUCUCUACCGUACCCACAGUAAGACAACUUUGUUCCUAUUCAAUUCUCUUCUCAAUUUUUCAGUGUGUCUCGUCAAGGCCGGUCCGUCCGAGUCGGAUCGUUUAGAGUACGUUGUGCUGGCGGAGACGACUGGCAAACACGCGUGCAGGUGCGUGAAUUUCAAAGAAAAAAUGAAAGAUUUUGUGUCCUUCUUCAGAUCGUAUCAUGUGUUCGUCCGAAAUACCGAAGAGUUUAACCGACGCCACUUUGAUGAUGUUUCGGAAUUCAUGAAGACGGUACUGAGUCAAAUACAACCAGGCCAAAUUGAAAUUUCUUUCAGCAAGCCGAUGCUCUUCCUGUCGGAGCUCUUCCAAAAUCUUCUCUUUGUGAACUAGACAACCCAUAG